AUGAAGGGCAAUACGCUUUCAGUCUUCAUAGAGGCUAACCGCUUCCCUCCAGCUGUCAACGAGAAUCGCUACUCUGUUCUUAGAGCUGAGACUAAUGCUGUUGCUGAGCGAAUGUUGAUCAUCGCCAACAACAAGAAUCUGUCCAGAGCUUCUAACUUGUAUGAAAAUCCCGGCAUGAACGGAAUCUCUGGUAACCACAUCUAUGAGCUUGAAGCUAACACAAUCUCUACUGGUCACCAGUCGUCUGUGUCCUCUCACUCAACUCAACCGCCUGUCCUGCCCAGAAUAAGCCUCAUGUCUGUAUUCAACCCCUUUGACGAGCCGAACUCUUCACUAUCAAGCCCUGUUCCACACGCUGGUGAUGCUGGCUCCUUUCUCUCGCCUAGUUCUUCAUUUUCUGAGCCGCCGACUAACUACUUACCUUUCAUCGCUCCUACAGCGCCAUUCGAUCCCUACAAGGAGAAGUAUGUGCCUCACCCUGCUGGAAACUAUGGUGCUCAGAAGUUCAAAAACAGACAGACGAUGAGUUCUGCACCCUUUGGCUUUGAAAGACCCGUCACACCCAGAUUCUCCGAUGCAAAUUCGUCAAACUUUGCUCGCUUCUCUGAUGCAAGUUCGUCGAAAGCUUCUGUGGUUAUGGCUGGAGCUGAGAACCCUCUUCCUCAAAGUCAAACCUCCUACUCACCUCCCAGGAUACCGCUGUCCAGGCCAUUCAAGAUCCCUCGUAAGCCACUGCCUACUNNGGGGGCAAAGCCAUUUCCACCCGUCUCUUACACGCCUCCUGGCUCACCCCUCCGUCAUCACUCACCUCACGACAACAGCACUGGCCCCAAGACCCUGAGCCCUGUCCCUAAACACCCUGGUCGCGCAUUGCUGAACACCGCUUCCAUCCGUUCGCCUCUCAAAAAGCAUAGUGUUAAGAGUAAGCCAUGUCCCAACAUCCACAAGCCUCUUCCUCCUUCUCCUGCUCCUGCAGCAAACAUGUCUCAUCGUCAACGCCAACGCCCCCCUGUGCCAUUGAAUCAUCGUGCUGGCUGGGAGCAGGAGGAGCGUGAGAGAGCUUCAAAGUCUUCCCAUCGUCAUGUGCGACUGAGCGACUCACACAUUCCAGAGAUAUCCAAACCUAUUGCUGCUGCUGACCGUGUGCGUAGCGGCUUGAGAGACAAGGGUUUGGACAAAUGGCGCACGUUCAAGCGUACUUGA